AUGAAUAUAAUUGAGAAGAACCGUGGCAAUUCGCGUUUUAAAAACAUCGACAAUGAAGAAGUCGAAAGAAGACGGCAAUACCUCGCAGAUAUAAAAGUGCUUGUUCAUUCAAUGCGCGACAAUAUGCGCAAGCAGCGACUAACAAUCCGAAAAGAAACCAAAACGCUUCGUGAUGAUCUCUUAAACACAGCCACGGAAGAAGCGUCAACGGAGUCUCUUUCGGAGCAAGGCAGACGUUAUAUCAAAGAGCAAUUGGUAAAAGAACAAGAAGAAAUGAUCGACGAUUUGAGUUCGGGCGUGAAGCGACUGAAUGAAAUGGCGCACACGAUCCAAGACGAGAUUCAGCAGCACGACCAGCUCAUUGACGGCGUCGAGAUCGAAGUGGAUGUUGCUCAGACGCGAUUGGAGCGCGGUCGUAAAGAGAUUGAGCGAUUUCUGAAGACGCGAAGUGAUCGAAUUGAAUGGCGGAUUGACUGUUUAGAUUGGUGUCUCAUCAAAACGAUCUUCUUUCUCUUCUUGUUCACUGUUUUCUUCGUGUUCUAUACAUUUAUAUCGUAA